AUGGAACCAAUGAUCAGGAAAUCUUCAAGGAGUAAUAAGGGGACGAAUAGGUAUUUACAGGACCGAGAGAGGGCUGAAUUGGAAUACAUGAGUAAGAAGGCCCAGCAGGCGUUGUUGGAUGUUGAUGAACCCGUAAAAGAGGUGGUCAGAUGUCUUGUCUGUGGGACCACAGACAGGAAUUACGACGAAGAAUCGGAUCCGCAUGGAGACAUGGUGCAGUGUGAUCGCUGUGACACAUGGCAGCAUAUCAGAUGUAUGACUGGGAAGGAUGAGAUGCCUGAUUCCCCAAACUAUUUUUGUGAUGUUUGCGAACCUGACAACUACCCAAAUUUGAAACAUAGCAUUGAUCCUAAACAGUAUUUGGCCAGUAAAGCGAAGGACCAAGACUGGCAAGAGGAUGACGGCGAGUCAUUUCAGGCUCCCGAAGUGACAGAAAUAAGGGCGGUAAAAAAGAGGAAAGUUCCACCCAAGAGAAAGAGUUCUAGCGAAUUGCAGGCAAUCAAAUUGCGAGAAUCAGCUACGGGAAUGUUGGAGGGCCUUUUUGCGAAGCAUAUCAUACCAGAUGUGCUGGCAACCAGCGACUUUGUAUUAUCUGAGUCCGAAACGGUUGACUCUUUGGGAGCGGAAAUGGCAAGAAAUUUGGAAGAGGAAAUCUACAAACAUUUCGAGGGGGAUGUGAAACAACAGGCUCUCUAUAGGGAAAAAGUGCGAGUCUUGUUUUCAAAUCUCAAAGAUCCUAAAAAUUAUGAACUGAAGAAGCUUGUUAUUCAACGGCAGCUGGGGCUUGAUAAGCUUGUAACGAUGCCAGUCAAUGACUUGGUCAAUCCAGACCUUCAAGAAUUUCGUGAAGCGGUCGAUACUAAGGCCAUGGAUCAACUGAUUGUGGAAAGGCCCAACAAGCCUCGGUAUCACAAAACACAUAAGGGUGAUGAACUAAUAGAGGAUCCAAUUGAAAAUGAAAAUGAACCCGAGGACAUUAUAUUUAAUAAGGAUAUAAUAGCAGCUAAGCGCAAAGACCUGAAUAAUUCGAUAGACGAAGAAGGAUCCUUCGGUGGUCAUUCUGAAGAUCCUACUCCGGAAUCAGCAAGUCAAAGUGAUGCUGCCAUUCAUCCCCAAGUAUCAAACCAUGAAAAGCUUCUCUUCGAAAUUACCGUCGAUUACUCCGAUAUUGCAUGUCACUUCAAGUCGGAAUUGUAUUAUAUUGGUUCAUCUGAGCACGUUGAGCAGAAGGUUGUCAGCGAAGUCGUGGGGGAUGCCAAGUUAAGAGUAGAGGGUCGCCUGAGCGCUGCUGAAGGCGACAAGUAUCUCAUUCAGAUGUCCAACAGUCGCAUUUUCCUCGCUUUUCGGUUGAAAGCUAAAGGCGACGAUCAAAACUUUGCCGAGUUUGACAGAUUAUUCGAGUUUUUGACAUCGAGACAAAGGUAUGGAGCUUUGGAACCCAAGAAGAGCUACGUUCGCCAUGUAUAUAUGAUUCCCUGCGAGAAUCAUGAAUACCCUGACAUUCUUGACUGCAUUUCGUCAACUGAAGGCUUCUCCAAAAAUGCCAAAAAUGUCUUUGUGAUAGCGGUUGUAAGAUCUGAUUUAAUUAAAUGA